GCAAAUAUUUUGUCAUUAUGCCAUAAAUAAAUUUGGUUUGUAAGUGGAUUUUGAUAAGAAAAAUCUAAAUCUAUUCAUCUUUUUUUUUCAACAAUUCGAUGAUUGAAAAUGAUUUAUCUACAUCAUUAUCAAAAGGAGAAAAUAAUAAUUCUUCAUUAUUAACACGUAACGAAUUAAGAAAACUAAAAAAAGUCCAAUUAAAAAAAUUACAGGCUCAACAAGUUAUAGAAAGAAUUGAAAAAGCUCCUUUUAAAAAAAUCUUUUCUUCGGAACCUACACAGUAUUUAUGUUUAACUAACAUUUGCUUUGGUGGUAUCGGAGGAGUAACUACAGAAAAGAUAUCUAAUAUUUUCAAGUCUUUUAAUGGUUAUCUUGGACUAAAAUUAACUCAUGGCAAGCCAUAUUCCUUUAUUAUAUUUAAUACACCUUCUGAUGCAUCUCGUGCAAGGGAAACACUUAAUGAGAAACCAUGCGAUGAUUUAGAUGGAAAAAUGAUGUUUAUUGAAUAUGUUAAUUUAACAUAUAACAAUUUUAUAAACCAAAUCAAGAAUUCAGACAAAGUUGAAAUUCCAGGACUAAUAUUAAUAGAAGACUUUAUUACGGUCAAACAAGAAAAAAACAUUUUACAACAUGUAUAUUCAACAAAAUCAUGGAUUCCAGUUCAAGAUCGGAUUGUUUUACAUUAUGGUUACUCUUUUAAUUAUGAUUUAAACGAAGUUGGAACAAAAUUAUCAAAUUUAGAACUUCCAUCGUAUAUGAAUCCAUUACUUGAAAAAUUAAAUAAGUUAUUUCCUUCAAUGCCUAAAUUUGAACAAUUGACUAUACAACUUUAUCCAGUUGGCACGGGAAUUCCACCUCAUAUGGAUCAUCAUUCUUCUUUUGGUCCAAAUGUUAUUGCUUUUAGUUUAGAAAAUCCUGUUAUAAUGGAAUUUAAGAAUUUAAAAACUGAUAAAGUAGUAAAUAUUGAUUUACCAAGAAGAUCUUUAAUGAUGCUUAAAGAUGAUGUAAGAUAUGCUUGGAGCCAUGCUGUAAGGGCUCGAAAAAGUGAUUUAUUAGAAAAUGGACAGGUAAGAGAACGUGGACAAAGAAUUUCGCUUACAUUACGUACAGUUAACCCAGAUAGAAUUUGUAAAUGUUCUUGGCCAGAAUUAUGUGACCGUAAUAUCAACUCAAAGAGUUGAGAAUUCCUGAAUAUAGGUCCAUUGUGUCAUAUAUUUCAUAUUAAAGUUAAUAUAGUU